AUGGCCGUGGAUUCAGUCUUGUCUUCGCCCUUGGGUCCUCCAGCGUGCGAGAAAGACGCAAAGGCACUCCGAUUCAUCGAGGAAAUGACCCGAAAUGCCGACGUGAUUCAGGAGAAAGUGUUGGCCGAAAUACUGACGCGAAAUGGCCAAACUGAGUACCUUCAGCGCUUCAAACUUGGUGGCUUCACCGACCGCCUCACCUUCAAGUCCGAAAUCCCAGUUAUUACCUAUGAUGAUCUUCAGCCGGAGAUUCAACGUAUCGCUAAUGGUGACCGCUCUCAUAUUUUAUCGGCGCUCCCCAUCUCUGAAUUCCUCACCAGCUCUGGGACUUCAGCUGGCGAAAGAAAACUGAUGCCCACCAUUAAGGAAGAGUUGGAUCGUCGUCAGCUUCUUUACAGUCUUCUCAUGCCCGUUAUGAACCUUUACGUGCCGGGAUUGGACAAAGGCAAAGGUUUAUAUUUCUUGUUUGUCAAGUCUGAAACAAAGACCCCAGGCGGGCUUCUGGCGCGGCCCGUCCUCACCAGCUACUACAAGAGCGACCAUUUCAAGACCCGACCAUAUGACCCCUACAACGUUUACACAAGCCCAAACGAGGCCAUCCUCUGCCCAGACUCAUUCCAGAGCAUGUACGCCCAAAUGCUUUGCGGUCUCUACGAGCGCGAACAAGUUCUCCGUGUUGGCGCCGUGUUUGCCUCCGGUCUCCUCCGUGCUAUCCGGUUCCUUAAUCUAAACUGGAAACAGCUCACCCACGAUAUCCGAACCGGGUCGUUAAACCCCAGAGUAACUGACCCUUUGGUUCGGGAAUGCGUGGCACGAAUCCUUAGACCGGACCCCGAGCUAGCUGAUUUUGUUGCCAACGAAUGUGCAAAUGAAAGCUGGGAAAGAAUUAUCACCAGAAUCUGGCCAAACACGAAAUACCUAGACGUGAUCGUAACCGGUGCAAUGGCUCAGUACAUUCCGACGCUGGAUUAUUACAGCGGUGGAUUACCAAAAGCAUGCACCAUGUACGCCUCCUCCGAGUGUUAUUUUGGGCUUAACCUUAAUCCCAUGUCCAAACCCUCGGAAGUCUCGUAUACCAUCAUGCCAAACAUGGCCUACUUCGAGUUCCUGCCCCACGAUCCCAACUCGCCCGGGUUCACUCGCGACUCGCCUCCCAAACUCGUUGACCUGGCGGAUGUUGAAAUUGGUAAAGAAUACGAGCUAGUAAUUACUACAUAUGCUGGAUUGUACAGGUACCGCGUGGGCGACAUUCUCCGUGUCACCGGAUUUCAUAAUUCAGCGCCUCAGUUCCGCUUUGUGAGGAGAAAAAAUGUUUUGUUGAGCAUCGACGCGGACAAGACCGACGAGGCCGAGUUACAAAAGGCGGUUGAAAAUGCUUCUCAGCUGUUGCGCGAAUAUAAUACUAGCGUGGUGGAGUACACGAGUUUUGCAGACGCGAAGACGAUUCCGGGUCACUACGUGAUUUAUUGGGAGUUAAUGGUCAAGGACGCGGCCCACUCGCCCAGUGAUGAGGCGUUGAACCGGUGCUGUUUAGCCAUGGAAGAGUCGCUCAACUCAGUCUACCGACAGGGUCGAGUUGCUGACAACUCAAUUGGCCCGCUGGAGAUCCGUGUGGUAAAAAGCGGGACUUUUGAAGAGUUGAUGGAUUAUGCUAUUUCUAGGGGUGCUUCAAUUAAUCAGUACAAGGUGCCUAGGUGCGUCAGCUUUACCCCAAUUGUGGAACUUCUUGACUCCAGAGUCGUCUCGGUACAUUUUAGCCCAUCAUUGCCCCGUUGGACUCCCGAACGACGCCGGUAAAAAGUUAGUGGUAGAAGUAUGUUCCCGCCCAAGAGAGUCAACGCAAGAUUCCUUGGAUAAGGAUGAUGUGUA